CGCUGAUCCGCGAUGCCAUAGAGUCUAUAGACAUCUACGAGAACGCGCGAAACUUAUUCGAAAUUUAAUUUCAAAAAAGUGCUAUGAAUAUUUGGUGACAAUCAAAUAGUGGUAACUUUUUUUAAUCGACAUUAUGUGGCGGACUGUUUUGGGCUUUUCAUUUUUCUUCUACACAAUCGUUUCGCACGUUACUACGGCGCCAAUGUAUUAUCAAAAUCAAAACAAUCGGGGUCCAAGCUAUACGAUAUCGAAUGUUCCUGAAGGUCCGCACAAGCCGUAUAUAGAGGUCCGUAACUCGACAUACCAUGGAAGCGGGCCGCGCGAAGAGGCGCGCGCCAUGUGUUCAGUAAGGACCCAGGAAGUCAACGCCACCGCCAACGCGACAAUUACUAGGAGGCUGCAUGGAGUCGUCACUUCUCGAGAACUCCACAAUUCAAUCCAGCGCCUGGAGGUGAUAAUCUACGGACAGAUGCAGCAGUUAUGGCAGAGCUUGGACGCGCUACGCACGCAGCUAUCCGGCAAUGCACGAUCCAGUAACAUCAUGUUCCCGCCUAGAAACACCGUGUCUUUUAGAUACCAACCUCGUGCAUUGUGAUCAUAGAAUAGACAACCUUUGAAAGUGUUUACUGAUAAAGGUAC